AUGAAAGCAAGAAACACACACCAGCUCAGCUCUUCACAAAGCCCUCUUUUCGAUGCUGAGCCUUCGUUGAAGGACGCCGACCGGCUCCUCCCUAUCGCCAACGUGAGCCGUCUUAUGAAGAGGUCUCUUCCGACCAAUGCCAAGAUCUCCAAGGAAGCCAAGGAGGCAGUGCAAGAGUGUGUGUCAGAGUUCAUCAGCUUCAUCACCGGUGAGGCCUCUGACAAAUGCAGGAGAGAAAAGAGAAAGACUGUUAAUGGUGAGGACCUUCUUUGGGCCAUGACCACCCUUGGCUUUGAGAACUAUGUUUAUCCUCUUGAGCUUUAUCUUAACAAGUAUAAAGACUGUGUUCAUGAGGGAGAAGUAGUGGAGGAGAAAAAGAAGAGCUUUAUUGGUAAGCAGGGAGAGGCUUCAGCCUCUUCAGAACGGAGUUUCUUAUGUUUUAAUGCUGGAGUCGAUGCGCCGGCUCCGGUCAAGUUCAUGGAGUUUGGAGUUGAGAGAACAGUGGAAGGUGGACAUGCUGCUAAUGGUAGUGGUAGUGGUGGUGGUGACGCUUGGUCUUUGCCUAGUCAUUCUCAUGGAGUUUAG